AUGAAUUUCAGAGCUCUCAUCUACGAGUUCAUGCCUAAUGGAAGCUUGGAUGUUUGGCUUCACCCGGAGGAAGUUGAAGAGAUUCAUAGGCCCUCAAGAACUUUAACUCUUUUUGAAAGACUCAACAUUGCAAUAGAUGUGGCUUCUGUCCUGGACUAUCUGCAUGUUCAUUGUCAUGAUCCUAUAGCUCAUUGCGAUCUUAAGCCAAGCAACGUCCUCUUAGACGAUGACCUAACUGCCCAUGUUAGCGACUUUGGUCUGGCUCGGCUUCUCCUCAAAUUCGACAAAGAGUCUUCCUCAACCAACUAA